UUCUCAGGCGAGUGUAUAAUCGGCGGCCGAGAAGCAGCGGCACACUCCCGGCCCUACAUGGCCUCCAUACAGGUGCCGGAGGGAGAGCAGCUGAAGCAUGAAUGUGGCGGCUUCGUGGUUGCAGAUCAGUGGGUGAUGACGGCCGUGCACUGUCUGCCCACCGGGCCAAAUGGAAGGAAGGUGGUGCUGGGUGUUCAUUCUCUGAGCCAACCUGAAGACACCAAGCAAACCUUUGACAUUUCGGAGGUUCACAAUCAUCCUGGCUUCAGCUUUAAUAAUUAUGACAAUGACAUUGCUCUGAUUAAGCUGGAUCGUCCAUUCAACGCCUCCGAAGCAGUUAAGGCGUUGGAGUUCCUGCGAGCCGGUGGCACUAACCCUGAAACCGACGCAGAGGUGGAAACGGCCGGCUGGGGUUCGCUGGACAACCUGGGGUCCCGGCCGGACACGCUCAGGGAGGUGGUGGUGGACGUGGUCAGCUCCACGCGCUGCAGGCGCAGCGACUACUUCGGCUCAAAGUUCACGGCUAACAUGAUAUGUGCACAUCGAUUGUGCCCAGAACCCUGCAGGCAACCGUACAAGAAGGAGGACACCUGUGAUGGUGACUCUGGAGGGCCGUUGCUCUACAAUGGCAUCGCAGUUGGCAUCACUUCCAACGGAGGAAAGAAGUGCGGCCAGCUUAAAAAGCCUGGCAUUUACACCAUCAUCUCCCACUACACAGAGUGGAUAGACGGCAUCAUGGCUGCAGCCUGAUGCAGCUCCAGAGCAGAGCAGUUGAAGUAAAAGAAAGGUUUCAAAGUUUCCUCUUUCCACUGAGUUGCUUCAUAUACACUUACAUGCAAAGCUGAUGUGCUUGAAUGUUUUGUCUUUCUCAUACACCAUAAAUGCAUGUCUCCAGAGAUGGAUGUCCAGAACGAUGCAUACUACAACCUUCUGUAGAAUCCAAUUCACUUUCAUAUUGUAUUUCACCUCAUUUUAUUGUAUAAUAAAAAUACAGCUCAUCUC